UAGCAACUAGGUCAACCGGUGUCGAAGUAGUUUUAAUUCAUAAAGUGAAAAUAAUGUUUUUUAAACCGAACCCAUUUAAACAUUUGUAAACUUCUUUUUCCUAAUGCUGAUGUUAAGGUGGAUGUCAGUUUUUACUCAGAUUGUAGGGGGAGAAAUCUGCUAAAAUGGCUACAGACCCGGUGGGAUUUAAUAAUAAAGAUAAAGAUUCCUCUGAUGAAGAAGGUGAUGCCUUGUUUUCCUACUUUGGCAAGAGAAAAGCAACUCCAGACAAAACUAAAGAGCCUCAACAAAUUGCAGAUAUAACUAUUGGAAGUGGUAAAAAUGAAGUUGUGAAUAUUAAUACCGGAAGUGGUAAACCUAAUAACUUAAAAUCAGUAACAAUGGAAACUGAACCACAGCAUAGAAUGAAUGAAGCAAAGCUUCUGAGGGUCAAUGACAAAGUCGAAGUGGAAUCAGAUGUUUGUAACACCUUAACAAACGGCGAAGUGAAUAAAGCAAAAGUUUCAGACAAUGUCACUGGAAUGUUACAAACAAAUGUUCUUACGAGUGAUGAUAAGAACAGCAACAAUGGCACUGAAAAUGCUUUGAGUGUUAAUGGAGUGGUUAAUGACUUGGAAAAGCAAAGAAAGGAUAUUAAAUCUGAAUUGAAUAGGAUUUUAGAAAAUCCAGAUGCGCCAUUGGUUCUUGGAGAUAAAAGGCUAUUUAUCAUCAGUGAAAAUAACUGGCAGGCGUUAUGUGAUAAAGUAUGUAAAUUGACUGCAGAAACUGUGUCAGGGAGGGAAUCAUGUACAGAGCAGAAAUAUAUGGCUGAAGGAAGACAUGAUCAAGAUCUGGCAGCCAACAAGGGUAAUGUCCAGUCAAGUGCUGAAGAUUGUUCAGGACAGAAAUAUAUAGGUGAAGGAAGACUUGAGCAAGGUUUAGCAGCCAACAACGGGAAUGUCCAGUGGAGUGCUGAAGAAUAUUCAGAAGGGGAAACAUUCCCUGGUGUGAAUUUUUCUGGAGUGCCUGGAAAGUUUAUAAGGAAAAACAGCAAACUAGUAUUUGAACGGUAUGAGCAGACAUCCAUGUCUGAUGUUGGAAUUGCUAAUAGUGAAAUGGAAUGCAAUGUUAGUGAAGAGUUAAGAAAUGGAAGUAUUGUUGAAAAUGACACUAGCCACACUGAUGCAUUUGAUGUGAAUGAUAGCCAUAUGAUUGCCAUUCCAUUAAAUACAACUUCAAAUCAUGUACAAACCCCUGCAUUAACUGAAGUUUCAGGUGAAUCUUCAACAUAUACAACUGAAAGUUUAAAUGAGCAGGUGUCAGAAAACUGUUGUAAUGAAACAAAUUCAACUCAACAACAGCCAAUGGUAUUUCAUUUUGAUGCAUAUGGGAAUCUGCAGCCUAUUGUGGAAAGUCCUGCAAAAGCCUUUGUAGUGGACACCAAGGAAAUUGAAUUUAGACGAAUGUCAUAUGUAAAUGAAAGAGAGCAAUCUUCUAGUCAGUUAUUGAUGCAAAAUGAAAGUGAAGUAAGCAAACCGAAGUUAAAAAGUUUUAAAUUAAGUGUAGCUGCUUAUGAUGGUUUAAUGCAACUUCACAGUACAACUGUUAAUGAUACUUGUGUAUUGAAACCUGAAGGGGAGACAGAGAAAAUUCUCGACUCUUUAAAGGAAGAUGGUGAAACAAAUUUAAGGCAAAACAUAAAUAGAAUUACUUUAGAGUCAAACAUCAAGAAACCUGCUUUAGACAAAGACAUGAAUAUGACUGUGUUGAAAAAGUCCAUUCCAAAAGUCAGGAUGGAAAAUACACAACCAUUUAAUGUGCAAUCAGUUAGAUCUGUGGCAGUGGCCAAAAGAGAAGAAAGUGUGAAAGCGAAAGAAACUCAAGUGGAGAAUACAUUAGAAUCAGAAAAGAUUGAAAGAAAUAUUUGCAGUGAUGUGAAUAAUAAAGCAGCAAACCAUGGUGAAGUAGAAUCAAUUGAAAGACCAAACCUUGUGAAAGAAAAGAAAAAGGUGGGCAGACCACGAGCUAAACUAUUGAAAUAUAAGAAUGAAAGCAAAAGUGAAGAUAAGAAUGAAAAGACAAACACCAUGGUUGGUACAGCAGAAGGAGAAAAUGUCAAAAGGAAAAGAGGAAGACCAAAGAAAAAAGAUGUUGGAAAUAAAAAGGUGGAUGACAGUGAGGGUGUUUGUCCUCCUGGUGAAACAAAGGAAAGAGACUCAAUAGAAAUCCCUCCAAGUGUUUCAAGACCUUGUGAAACAACAGUUGGAGAGUUGAAAGAAAACAUUAGAGUUAUUUCUAUUCAUAAUGAAACAAAAGUAAAAGAAAUUGAUGGAAAAAAGCAAAGCUCUGAAUCUGAUACAACAUCUUUACAUUGUAGUGCAGGACAAGAAUUUGAUUUACAAGGUAAACAGAAGAGGUGUACAAUUGAAGCAAGCUGGAAAUCAUUCAAGCCAAAUUUGGGAAAAGCGAAAUGUGUUGAAAGUGAAACAGAUAAAAAUGAAGUAAAUUAUGAAACUGAAAGUUUUCUAAAUAAAGGUUUAGGCACAUAUGGAAGUGGCAGUGAAAAUAAAGAGCAAACUCCUGAAAACUCAGAUGAAGAAGAUGAACUCUUUAAUUACUUCGAAAGUAAAGACAAACCACUGAAUCGUUCACAAGUCUCUGUAGAAUGCCAGGCAAACUUUGAAAGUGAUAGUGAGGAUGAAGAAUUUGAUAGGGAAAACAUUCUUAAAGAAUACAGAUUGCAUGCGAAGAAACUUCAAAACGAGAAAAGCGUAAAACAAGUGAAAAGACUUCCAAGAUGUACUGUCUCAUUAACAAAACUUAAGAUCACACAACACACAGGUCUUACACCAUACAUAAUUGAAAAGAAUGUGCAAAUAAAAGCAGGACUGAAGUCAAAUAAACAAAAUGCUAUAAAAAGUGAUGUUCAACGGCAACAGGUUGGAUUAAUGGAAACGCACAAAAAUACUAAGGCUAAGAAAGUAGCUGGUGUGAAAAGAAGAUCUAGUUUAAAGUCAAAUGCAGCAGGUAAAGACGAGUUAAAGUCUGUCAAGAAAUCUGUAAACUUUGAAGAAGUAGUUAAUGAAAACAAGCAAUAUAUGGGUAGAGCUGAGAAUAAAAUGUCAUCAAACAGUCACAAUGCUGAUAGUGCAAUUAAAAAGAAAUGUGGUCCAAAAAGAAUAAAUGAAAUAGGCACAGACAUUACACUAAAAAAGGGACCAUACAAAAGAAAAUUUUCAGGAGAAAUGGAAAAAGUUGAAAACAGCAGCGCAUUGACAAGUGAUGGUACUGAAGGUGAUAGCGCUGCGGUUAAAGGAAGAGAAUCUCUGAUGAAAAUAAAUUCCAAAGAAAAGGUUAAACAGAUAAUGACAAAAAGAGGAAAGCAAAAGCUGAUGAAAGAUUCAGCUAAUGAGUUAAGAAUGCAAGAGAACAGUCUUUCAAAAGAUAUGAAAGAAAAUGAAGGUUUGGAAAAACUUAAUGUGAAUGAAGAAAACUGUAUUGAAAAUAAUCCACCGAAUGUUUUAGAUAAACCAUUAACUGGUGCCAGUACUGAUGAACAACACAACAAGACAAGAAAGAGAAAAGUUAAAACAAACAGUGAAGUAAAAGUGAAAAGGUGUAGAGUAAAGAAAUGUAAACAAACGAGUCACGAAUCUGAUGUAAAUGUUUCUAGUACUGAAACAGACAAUACAGAAGAUGAAAGGACUGUGACUUAUUCAGACAACCUUGUUAAGAGUAGAAAGAAAUCUACAGCAGUGGGUGUGAAAACCAUGAGUCGGAAUCGGAAGAUGAGAGAAAAGAAAUUUAAAGAUCGAUAUUCAUGGAAGGAUCUGUUACCGCUUGAAGUGAUGGACAUACAAAAGACAAUGGAUGAAAUUGAAAGUGGGGAUAGAAGCCCAGUCAAUGUUAAGAAAACUGUUCGUAAGAUAAUGAAUCAGGUUAAAAGAAAAAGUAGACAAAAUCGGAUUGAUAGUAAAACAGAAAAAUGUUUCACCACUAAAGAGAACGAAAAAAAUCAAACAAGAACUGCUAGUGUUGAUUCUUGCUCAUCUGCAACAGAAACAGGAAGAGAUUUAAGUAAUUCCCCAAGUAAAAAACAUCUUUCGACUUCUCAAUGUAAGCCUGGUGAUUCCAAUUCGCAGGGGGGACGAAUGAUCGCAAGGAAAAAUAAAGAACAGAGUGAAAGAAAUGAAUAUUUGGGUUCAAAAAGUAGGGAAGUGAAACAUAAAACUUCAAAAUCAGAUGAUGUGCAUCUAAAGGCAGUUGAUCCACUAAGAUCAGGGAAUUGUGUGGAAAUACAUGGAUCACCUUCGAAAGGUGAAUCACAAGUAUACCAGCAGUUUACCUUUCAUUCACCAAAGAGGGCUGAAAAUCAAAACAGUGGAAUGGAUAAUACUUGCAAAUUAUCAAGCACAACAGAGGUUCCAUUAGUAUCAAGUGAGACAACAUCUCCAAUACACAGUCCUAGUAAAGCUGCUGACAAGGUGAAAGGGCUUCUAGAAAAAGUUCAUGUUACGAAGAAAAUUAGUUUUUAGAUUUGUUUUGCUUUGAAUCUAUUAUUUGAUAUAUUAUGUUGAAUCUGUUAAAAGGUUUUCUUUUAUCUGCUUUUUUCAAAACUAAUGAUCCACAUUUUUACUGCUACAGACACUACUUUUUACUGGGUUGGUGUAUAUAUUCUGCCUCAUACAUUAAAUACAUGAUGAUCGUUCAAUUUUAUAAAAAAACUUAAUUGGUAAUAAAAUAUAUUUUUGUACAGCAUUGUAUAAUUUUAGUAAACGUUUUCAUUAUAGACUAUGUUUGGGCAUUAUUAUUGUAAUAUAGAUUCUUAAACGAUACACAGGUAUAUCAAUAAAAUAUGAAACCUCUCGAAUUAAUCUUUAUCUG